AUGCAGGUGUUCGGCGAGUGGGCGCAGGUUGAGGUGGUGGAGCUGGUGAACGAUGGCUCGGGGCUGGCCUUCGGGAUCGUCGGCGGCCGCUCCUCGGGGGUGGUGGUCAAGAGUGUGCUGCCUGGCGGUGUCGCCGACAGGGAUGGCCGCCUGCGCAGCGGUGACAUGCUGCUGCGGAUUGGAGCCGUGUCGGUGGUUGGCAUGUGUGCCCGCCAAGCGGCUGCUGUGCUGAGACAGUGCGGGGCCUGCGUGCGCCUCCUGGUUGCCAGACCGGCUGCCAACUUGCCGCCUUCCAUGCAGUCAUUGGGCGCGUCCCAAGCGCCGGUGGUGCCCUCUAGGCUCCUGGCGGACCCAAUAGAGCUGGAGAGGAGCCUCGCUGACGCGGGACACGAUGGCUUCGGGGCGCUUUGCGAGGAGACCACGCCGCCCUCACCACCGCCGACCAUCAUCGAGGAGAGGCUACACCAUCGGCCCGUGGCGUCGAUAGUGGCGGUGGUGCCUCGAGGCGCUCUCGCCCCAUCGCCAAGACCUCCCCCCCUCAUAAUCGCGCCCCCGGAGCCCCAGCCACCACCCAUGAGGCUACCAUUGGACAUGGCGGUGCGUGGCAGCAGGGAACCGGAGACCCUCAGCUACGAGGUGGAGCUGAGCAAGGACUCCGCUCUCGGCCUUGGCAUCACCGUGGCGGGAUAUGUCUGCGAACAGGAGGAGCUCAGCGGUAUUUUCGUGAAGAGUAUAAGCGAGGGCAGUUCUGCGGACCUUUGCGGGAAGAUCCAAGUAAACGACAGGAUUGUUGAGGUUGAUGGAGUCUCCCUGCAUGGGGUGACAAAUCACAAAGCAGUGGCCCUGCUGCGGGAUGCGAAGGGACCGACUGUGCGCCUAAAAGCCUUAAGGUACCUACGCGGGGCGGGGUUUGAGAAGCUCCAGAAAGCUCUAGCGGCUCAGGACGGGAGGAGAUCACCGGUCGCACCCCCCAGUCCGUCUGUCACGUCUCUCGCCAAAUACAGCUUUAGUGUGUAUGACGAGUCGACGGUGAUCGAAGCAGAACCGGACUCCGAGAUUCGGCCACAUCCGCCGUCGCCUACGUCACCUUCAGAGGAAGCGGAAAUCGUGAUAGGGCGCGACGACACCUCAGAGCGGGAGGUGCGCAGGAUCCAGGACAAAUGGCGGGACCUGCUGCGCAACGAGAAGGAGUGGCCUGGACAUCAGCACCGAUACGACAUAGUGGUAGGCACUAUAAUGAAGGAGAAGGACAGCGGGCUGGGGAUUUCCCUGGAGGGCACUGUCAGGGUUGUCGCUGGCAAGGAGGUGCAGGCCAGGCAUUACAUACGAGCCAUCGCCCCAAACGGACCCGUCGCCAAACUGGGAAUUUAUAGGGUUGGCGAUGAACUGCUAGAAGUUAACGGUUGGAAGGUACUAGGAUCGCAUCACGUUGAGGUGGUCACGAGGUUGAGAGCGGUUACCUCUCCCGUUCUACUUGUGUGCGUUAGAAAGAGACAGGAAGAGAACAUAAACCACAACGAGGGCAGCUUUGCAAAGAGCGCGUUGGUCGGUGGCAGCCUGCAAGACCUGCUGACGCCGCCGCAGAGGCUCAUCAAAGCCAAGUCCGAGAGCUCCGUCGCCUCGUUGUGCAGCGCUGCCACAGUAGUAUCGGCUGGACACGACCACGACGAGUUCUGCUCGGACCUGGAGCGGAACAGGUCCAGAUCGCUGGAGCCGUUGAGCGGCCUCGCGAUGUGGAGUGACCACGUGGAGUACAUUCAGCUCCAGAAGGAAGACAGGGGGCUGGGUUUCUCCAUCCUUGACUACUUGGACCCGUCGGAGCCGGGCGGGUCGGUGAUCGUGGUGCGCGCGCUGGUGGCGGGCGGCGCGGCGGCGGCCGACGGCCGGCUGCGGCCCGGCGACCGGCUCGUGGCCGUCAACGGGCUGGACGUGUCGCGCGCCCCGCUGGCCGCGGCCGUGCGCGCCAUCAGGGCCGCGCCCGCAGGUGAGCCCGCGCCCACGUCGCCCUUAUUCCCUUCCAUCGAA